UCAUGGAAAGCUUCCCAUUCCCAAUAUGCUUGUAUUUGAAGCAAAAACUCAUACCCAACAUGCUCCUACCAUCUUCCAUCCACACUUGAACAUUGGAGCCUUCAGUCAUAUCCCUCUGCGUCUUCCAUCUUUCACAACAACAACGUACUGACACACUAGUGAUCAUAUAAUCAGAAGAGUACAAUCUAAUAUGGGUUCGGUUCAGACUCCAUUAAUCGGCUCAAGAAGCUCCACGUUGCUGGAAAAAUCAUGCGGAUUCUUACUGCAGGAACUGCAGAUGAUAUGGGAUGAGGUAGGAGAAGAUGAGUUUGAGAGAGAGAAAAUGUUGUUGGAGCUGGAACAAGAAUGUGUGGAUGCUUAUAGGAGAAAAGUUGACAGAGCAAAUAUAGGAAGAGCUCGUCUUCAUCAGCAGGUUGCUGAGUCUGAAGCUGAAUUCACUCACCUUCUUUUGUCUCUUGGUGAACCAUCUCUUCCUGGAGUACGGCCAGAGAAAAGGGCAGGAACACUGAAAGAACAGCUAGAUUCAAUAACACCAGCAUUGAAAGAGAUGAGACUGAGGAAAGAAGAGAGGUUGGGCAAAUUCCGAAAUGUGCAGUCCCAAAUUCAGAAACUCUCUGCUGAAAUUGCUGGCCAAUCCGACAUUACUACAACCUCAAACAUCAUAGUUAAUGAAAAUGAUCUCUCUCUCAAAAAACUUGAUGAGUUCAACAGUGAGCUGCAACGCCUCCACAAUGAGAAGAACGAGAGGCUGCAACAAGUGGAGAAAUACGUAGACAUAAUCCACAGCUUGUCGAUAAUACUGGGAAAGGAUUACUCAGCCAUCAUCACAGAAGUUGAUCCAAGCUUGAACGAUCUGUGUGGAGUAACAAAGAAUAUCAGUGACACUAUUCUCACUAAACUCAAUCACACUGUUGAAUCCCUCGUGGAAGAAAAACACAAGCGACUCGACCAGCUUCAUCAUUUAGGUAAAGAACUGAUAAAGCUAUGGAAUCUUAUGGACACACCAAAAGAAGAUCAGAAACCUUUCUCUCAUGUGAUCAAUUUGUUGUCGUUCUCACCAGCAGAAGUAUCAGAUCCAGGAAGUCUCACCAUAGAAAUAAUUCAACAGGCUGAAGCUGAAGUAAGGAGACUGGAUCAACUUAAAGCCAGCAAGAUGAAAGAGCUAUUUCAGAAGAAACAGGAGGAACUCGAGCUCAUAUGCAGUAAAACCCACAUGGAGAUUCCUUCAAAGUCAGAUAUAAACAAUAUUGUUGGACUCAUUAACUCAGGGGAGAUCGACCAUUCGGAUCUGCUCAUGAGCAUGGACGAACAGAUAGCAAGAGCAAAAGAAGAAGCUUGUAGCAGGAAGGCAAUAAUGGAGAAAGUAGAAAAGUGGAUAUUGGCACGCGAUGAAGAACGCUGGCUUGAAGAAUACAGCAUGGAUGAGAAACGAUACACAGUAAGUAGAGGAAACCAUAAGAACUUGAGACGUGCAGAACGAGCUAGAUCACUGGUCAAGAAAAUACCAGCUUUGGUGGACAUGCUUGUGGAUAUGACUAGGAGUUGGGAAGAAGAAAGAAAUAAAGUUUUCUUGUAUGAUCAAGUACCUUUGAUGGCGAUGUUCGAAGAGUAUAACGCAGUUAGGCAAGAAAGGGAGGAAGAGAAAAGAAGGCAGAGGGAAAAGAAGAAGGUUCCGGCGAGUCCAAGAGCAAGAGUAGAGCAAGAGAAUAAUAAUUAUGGGAUGAUGAGGCCAGGCACUAGCAGUGGUAGGCGUUCUUCAAUGAAUAGCAUAAACAUGGGGAAGCAAAAUAUGUCGUUUAUUAAGGAUGUUGGAAGGAACAAAAUACACAACAGUACAAAGGUUUUUCAUCAACCUCCUACCUUCGCUUCUCAUAUCAGAGACGAGUCUUCUUCUGUCAUCUCCUCCUAUUCUGGUCCAUUCUCUCCUUAAUUAUUCACAAUAUACACCUAGAUUUUUCUUCUCUUUUUUUUUUUUUGCCUUUUUUGGCUGGCAGUGAUAUAUAUAUAUAUGUACAUAUAUAUGUGCACAGGAUUGUUUGCCAGGAUUGCUUCUUGUAUUGUAUCUAACUGCAAAAACAGAAAGAGAGUUUAAUCUUGUUAUUAACGAACCAUAUUGGCUUGGAGUAAUUGUAUUA